UCAGAGCAUGUCAAGUCACCAUGUAAAGAACAAUGUGAUGCACAGUCUGAUGAACACAUGGCAGAAGAGGUUUUAGCGCCUGAAGGGAAUCAGGUCAAGAUUGGCAGGAGCAGUAGAAGAAGAAAAGAAAGUCUCCUGAAAACUUGUAAAGACUCUAUACAACCUGAUACAUCCACAGCUGCAGCAUGUAGUACUGUACUGGAACAAGGGAGUGAUUGGUCACAAGUUCACAUGGACGAUACUACCAUAGUACUGAAACAUACAGAGAUGCCUGGAAGUGAGGAUCAAACUGAUGCUGCAAACAAUGGAGCGAAAAGCAAUGAAGCGAAAAGCAAUAAUACUACACAGGUAAACAAGAUGAAGAAAAACCGAAGGAAGAGUGUUUGUCAGAAGAAACCAAAAAUCUCAGAAGACAGCAAGAACGAUGUUGCAGUUAAAGUUUCAGAAAAUGAUGCUCAUCCAGAAAAUACAAUUGGAGGCUUGGAAAUUUUUGAACAGACUGCUAAAGCGGGUGAUUUCUUUGAAUCCUCGCUUAGCGAGGUUGCAGCUAAUGUAGACAAUAAUGUUCCUGAAGUCAGAACAAAGAGAAAGCGAAGACGCAGUUUUCUUAAUGCCAACGUUGCCCUUUGUACACCAGGACACAAGUUUUGCGACGCUCAAACAAAUGGUCAAACUGUAGAAAUGAAAUCAGUUGAUCAGAUUGAAUCCAAAGUUCAAAAAUGUAACCAUGAUGAGAAGAUAGUUGUACAAGAGAGUGAAGUUGUGACUACACAUCACUCUGAUGAUGUGAUAUUUAUAAAAAGUGAACCGUGUAAAGAUAUUGGUUCUGCUACAAAUACUGAUAAAUGUUUGAAAGCAACAGACUUUAGUAAGGAAUGUAAAACUACUGAGCAUUCCACAGGAGAGAGUAGCAAACAAGCUGUGAACGUUAAACGUACUAGAAAGAAAAAGGAAAAUACUAAAGAAAAUAAAACUAAAUCUGAAAAAGCGAUAGAAAAACUAUAUAUCAGUCGUGGAGGAAAAUCUAAGGUGAGUCGCCGUAAUCUGGAAACAAUUUUUGAAAGUCCGAAAGCUGAUAGUAAAGGUAAAACGACGAUGACCGGUGGACGAAAAAUGUCAAGAUUGAUGUGUUUUAAAGACCCUGCUUUGGUGACAAAAUUAAAACCAAUCAAGGCUAAGAAGUUGGAAAAAAUGGGUGUGAAAAAAUUCAAGCCCAUAAGAAAUGUAAAAGCUAAAAAAGCAAUGGCUGAUACUCUGGAUGCAAAGUUAAAUAAGCUGGACACUGAGUUGAGUGUUGUUCUCGCUCCAGUCACUUACAACCAAACAACUGCAAUGUACACUGUCUUUGAUCUUCAAGAAAACAUCGAAAACUCACCAAAACUCAACAUUAUCUUCGAGCCUGUUUUGCAAAGCCCUGCGAUGCAAAAGAUAAAUAAAACACCUAAACGAGAUAACAAACAACUUUCCGUGAAGCCUUUUAGACUCAGUAGAUUGAAUCAUGCUGCAACCACCUUGCGUAGUAAACCACCUCAUAUUAAUAUCACCCCAUCACCUAAGCAGGUUAUUCACAAAGAUCCUUCACCAAGUAGGAUUAAAUGCACAGAUCAGUCGCUGAAUUAUGCUAUAAUAAACACUCCAGUUAAAAAAAUGCAAUCACCCGGGUCUGCUUUGGGACUGAGUCCUCGUCUAUUGGUCAACGGGACGCCCGUGGAUACUAACGUCAGUGUGACCCUCGUAGAUUGCAGUUUUUCGGCUACACCCAAAUCGAAAAGUAACAACAACAACAAUUCACAGACAACCAAGGUGUCCGUCAGACCCAAAAUAAGUGUGUGCACAAGUCCUACAGAGGCAUCUGUGGCGUUGAUACAACCCGGAGAGGAAAAAACAGUUUGGGAUAUCUUUGAUACAACUGGUGCCAAGUCUUCUCGCAUUGAUCAUGUGCAUGUUUCUCCCAUCCAAUCAUCACUGUCACCUCAGAGGCGUGCACACGGAAAAGAACUAAGUCAUAAAAUUAGUGUUUGUGUGUCUCCCGUCAAAUCGUCUGAUCUCAUCCAAUGGAACUCUCGAUCAAAUUCAGAGUGUAGCCAGAAUUCAAGCUUUGCAAGUGUGGAAGAAGAUACCCAAGAUAGUCAGCUGACCUCAAGCAGUCAGCUGACCUCAAGCAGUCAGCUGACCUCAAGCAGUCAGCUGACCCCAAGCAGUCAGCUGACCCCAAGCAGUCAGCUGACCCAAGAAAGUGUGAAUACUGAUGAAAAUAAUGACUCUGAAUCUGAGUCUGAAUGCAACGAGAACAAAGACUAUACUGAGAGUAGACUUUCGUUACUGCUGGAUUCUCCUCCAAAAGGAACUUUUCAGGAGAUCUUUGCAAGACAUUGUGCAAGGAAAAUGCAACUACAGGAAUAUAUGAAACAUGAAACUCUGGACAGUAAAGAAGAACGAUACCAGAAACGAGAUCUUGGUUCAAAGGAUGAGUUCAAUGGAAGUAGUUCGGAAAAGAAAGUUAAAUUUCAAACACGAUUCCUGGAGGAGAUGAUGGAUUGAAUUAUUUGCCCAACAAUAUAAGUCUGGGCUUCU